AUGCUCAAUGAGCUUUACGAGCCGGGAAAGAAAGAUGGGGUUUCGCUUCGUUCAGUGAACAUGGAAAACAACAGGAAGAACGAAUUGAUACAAGAACAUGUAGACAGAAGAAGGAGAGCAGCAUGGGCAGCAUUCGAGCCUCUUAAAGAAGCCAUCUACCAACUAGCGCGACCAAAUUUCCGCGAUCACGUUUUCAACUUAGCAGUCCUUCCAGAGAUAUGCUACGCGGCAGAGACGUGA